GCGUUUAAAUAGUUGGCUAACUUGUGUUUCUCGUAUGUUCGCUUUAUAGAUGUGGAAUUGCCAGUAAAAGUUAAAUAGCAAUUAAAGAUUUGUUAAAAAAUAAUUGUUAUAUACUUUAAAUUAGCAAAUACAUAACAAAACGGAUUUUGGAUUUUCCUUUCUGUAAAUCUCUCUUCGUUGGAGCAAAAACAGCAACAAAAAGAACAACUGCAACAACUACAGCAUAAUUAUGAACAACAAUAAACGCAAAAAUCGCCCAAGUGGUGGUGGCGGUGGCGGCGGCGGAGGUGGCGGUUUGACCACUGGUGGUGGAGGAAACAUCUCAAGAUAUUCGAAUGAUAACCGACAGCCGAAUAAAACUCGCCCACAAGCCCAAGGGAUCUAUAAUAAUGCCUUCUUCAUGCAUGCAGCCACAGCAUUGGUAGGACAUGUUGUACAAAUGCGACUGAGAUCAGGUAACAUUUACGAGGGAGUUUUUCGUACAUUUUCGCCCAAAUUCGAUGUGGCCCUCGAGUUGCCAUCUUGCAUAAAAUUGAGCAAAAAUUCACCCGAUGAGUCAAAGACUGUACCAAAUGUUAUGAUAUUUCCCUACGAUACGGUUGUUAGUAUUUCGGCAAAGGACUUUGAUUCACAGUACGCCACUGGAGGGACAUUUCAAACAGAUGCGGCCAUAUCAGAAAAAUGCAAUGGUUCUCGCUUUGACGAAAAGGAAUUGGAACCUUGGGAUCCAUCUGGCAUGAAUGGUGAAAUGGAAUUUGCUCUAGAUGACGCAGCAGCUAAUGGGUGGGAUCCACAUGAUAUGUUCCGCAAAAACGAAAAUGCAUUUGGUGUCACAUCAACAUUUGACGACUCAUUGUCGUCGUACACAGUGCCCCUGGAUAAAAUCGACACCGAUGAGUAUAAAGAACGUGAAGCCAAAGCUGAAAAAUUGGCUGCGGAAAUUGAGAGCAAUCCUUCGUGUCGGGAUCGCCUAGACCUGGAAAAUGGCGAUGAAGAGUCCAUGUUUGCGGCGGUUUCAAGGCCUGAUUUGGAGCGAGAACGUGAACGGGAACGUGAGCGUGAACGCGACCGUGAGCGUGAACGCGACCGUGAAAGAGAGAGGGAAAGGGAGAGAGAAAGGGAGCGCGACAUGGAGAGGGAAAGGGAACGAGAACGCGAGGAUAGAGAACGUGAACAGCGUGAACGGAAACGUUACGAACCUCCAGUUAUGACAGAGCGCUACAUAACGAAGCCAACGCGUUCUAUUACCGGACCACCACCACCUGUUGCCAUCGAUCGGUCCCAGUCAAUGGGUGGUCAAACACCAAGAGGCGGUGGCGGCGGACAUAGCGGUCAUGACCGUGACGAUCGAAAUGAUCGUGGCGAUCGUAUGGAUCGCAAUGACCGCAAUGAUCGCAAUGAUCGCAGCGAUCGCAUGAUGGGCAAUAGCCUAUCGUCAUCGGUUUCGGGUAUGGGUCUAGGACCGAACUCUACGCAAUCAUCUGCCGGUAACAUGGCAGGUGGAAUGAAGGGUUCAGCCCCAUCCUCGUCUCAGAUGUCACAACAAGAUGGUGGCAACAAGUAUCAAAGUGGUGGUUCGAUGAUGAAACGCAAAUCCAACCCUCCUCUUAAUCAAAAAAUGGUACGCAACACUCCACCACCGAAUAGCGGAAGCGGUCCAACCGGAAUGUCGCAAGGUGGUGGCAGCAGCAAUGUCAUCUCUGGUGGUAUGUCACAAAGUGGCAACAACUCGGGCGGACAAAAACAAAUCAUGUAUAACACAAUGCCAAUGCAAAAUCAACAGCAAUCACAGUCAACUUAUCAGUCUUAUACCCCACCGGCUAUGCAUGGCGGUGGUCCCUCUCAAUACCGCGGUCCCUCUAAACUGAAUGGUGAGAGUGGUGGCGGUGGCGGAAGUGGGGGUAACAACAUGGGCGGUGGAGGUGCGGGUAAACCAAUGCCCCAAAGACCAAUGCGCCAAUAUUCCGGUUCGUCGUCUAAUUCGUCUAUGACCUAUGGCAAUGAUAGUCAAAACCAAGUUAGACAUUCACAACAUGGCCCAACGCACGGUGGCCAAGGACAAGGUGGAAGUGGAAGUUCACCUCCUCUGCAAGGUGGUGGGGGUGCCUCUCAUGGUCCGAGCAUGUCGGGUCCGUCUGUUCAACAACAGCCUCCUCCACAACCGCAACGCCAGAUGCGAUCACGCGACAAUCAAUUGCAAGAUUUAAGGCAGUUUGGUCAAGAAUUUCAAUUGGCUCCAUCACCGGGACCGCCAACACAACAGCAGUCACCUUCGGUGCAAUCGCAGAAUCAGCAUAUGAAUCCGAACAAGGGUCAUCAACCGCAGCCAUCCGUAUCGCCUCCCCAGCAACAACCGCCACCACAUAUGCAAACACAACCACAACAGCCACCACAUGUUGCUGCGCAUCCACCACAGCAGCAUGUGUCAAUGCAGCAUGUACCGCAGCAACAUCAUGGAGGACCUCCGCCAGCACAGCAACAACCGCAUCAUAGUGGACCCCAACAACAGCAUUAUGUGCCACCGCAUAUGCAGCAUAUGCAACAAAACUUGCCGCCACCGCAGCAGCAACAACAGCAAACACAAAAGCAAAUGCAACACAUACCGCAGCAGCACAGCUCGGGGCCUUCGUCCAUGCCCAUGCAACAUGUGCCCCAACAGCAGCAGCCGCCGCAACCACAGGCACAGCAGCCAUCACACAUUAUACAGGAUCAGUCAAAUGUGCCACCAGCGGCUGUGGUCCCCACAAAUACACAGCAACAACAAUCACAGACUCAGCAAAAUGUUUCGCCACAAUCUGUCACUGGGCCAUCGAUGCAGCAAACAACCCCGCCCGUUGUCGAUAAUACUCCGCCACAGCAACAACAAACACCAAUUCCCAAAUCGGAUACUUCCGUUGGCACACCUGCUUCAUCGACAAACAGUUGCUCUACGCCUUCAGAUAAAACCACACCCCCAUCGAGCAACACAACCGUUGUGGUUUCUGCUGCUGUACCGCAAACAGCGCCGGCUAACAACAGUAGCACUUCUACGGGUACCACUACCACGGCACCACCUGUAAAGAAAACACAUGUUUUGAACCCUUCGGCCAAACCCUUUACGCCCCGUAGUCCCAGCACACCAAAUCCUUCACGUCCCCAUACACCACAAACACCGGUCACCCUAACAACCAUAUAUACCCAAGGUGCUCCUAUACCAGCGUCUGCGGGUCAACAAACACCCAUUUAUAUGAUGCCUGGUCAACAACCAACUGCAUUCCAUGCUCCGGCUCAUCCCCAAGCACCACAGCAACCUCGUAUGAGACGAAGCAACUAUGCGCCAAUGACGCCUUCACAGAUGCACGCAACUGCGGCUACAGGACAGCCAUUGUUGGCGUCAGGACCUUUGCCGGCACAGUUCAUACCAUACCCCCAAACGCCGCAUGCACCACAUUUCCAAUCACAGCCUUAUGCGCCACCAAUGGUCCGAAUGUUUGAUUCACAGCCAUUGCAAUUCUUAACACAGACUCCUCCAUCAACAACACCUUCGCCAGGCCAGCCGCAUCAAACGUUCCAUCCGCAACCACAGCCAUCCCCCGCUGGCGGGGGUCCUCAGCCCACAUUUGCCCCACAGACACAACAAUACCAUGUUGUGUGUCCCCUUGCCUUACAUCCCACACAACUCAUGCACAGUCCCUACUAUCCAACGGCGACGACGCAGCAUCCUCCUCAAGGUCAACAGUUUCAGUUAAUUAUGCCGCAGCAUCCGGCCCAGUAGAGGAGAAGGAUCGUUCGGAGAGUCAUGUGUGUUCGUAAAUUAGAUUUUCAUUAAAACCCUCCUACACCACUCCUAGCCACAUCAACAAAAGAGGAAGUAUUCAACAACACAAUAGGAAAAACGACGUCAUCGGGUCAUAGGAUAGCGCGUCGUCAUCGAUAUUGUCGUCGAAUUCUUUCAAAUUGUCAUUUGUCCCACAAGAAAAAUGAAAAAAAAAGCAAAAACACAUUGUCGCGCUAAUGUAACAUUGCUUUGUAAUGUGAAAAAAAUUAUUGUUGCCUGUUUUAAAGCUUAACACUAAACAAACAAAAUUGUGAAAAUUACACAUUAAAAAGCAAAAAGCAAAAACAAAAGUAAAACAAAACAAAACAAAAACACAAAAUCAAAACAUAA